AUGAUUCUCUUCAACAGUGCCAAUAAUACCGAUAAUACCAAUAAUAUCCGUAAUAUUAUAAUAUUAUUAUUUGCAAAUCAUUUAGACUACUAUGAUUUAAUUCACAAGAUUGCAGGAAGCAUACCUGUAAAACCUUUAUUAUUACACAUUUUGAUGUUAGAGAUUCAAAUAAAGCAAAUACCAAUGUUUCUCUUGCCCAUUGAUCUCAAUACCCUCAAUACACUAAUCACUUUAAUUGCCCUUAAUGCUUUUAACGCUUUUAAUACUCUAAUUGAUCCAAAUGACAAAUCAAAUAGGAACAUACAGCAAAAUGUCAGAAGUAUCUGGAAACUAAAGGAAUACAUUGCUGCUUUGUGA